AUGAGUGAUAAGAUUACCAAGUUUCAAGAGCUCUUGGAGCAAUCUAUCAGGGACAUUGCAGCCAAGACGAAUCCAGAGACUCGCUGUCUCAUUCUUUCGGGUGGAGUUGAUACCUGUGCCAUCCUAUGCGCUUCGCACAAGCUGAAGGUUACCUAUGCAGCUGCCAUUACCGUAGUAGUCGAACAACCAACCAAUCCUACAUGUACUGAUGUUGGUGCCAGUGCCAAGUUUGGUCCAGACCUGUUGUUUGCACAAGCUGCCGCCAAGGAAUACAAAGAUACCAUUCACGACAAUCAUCACGUGGUCAAGGUGACUCCUCAAGAUUUGCUAUCCGACUAUCUUCCACCCUGCAUUGACGCUUUGCAAAUUUUUGAUGGAAUGACAUUGCGCAACAGCCUAGUUGUGGCGGCUGCCUUUGCCAAGGCAUCUCAGUUGGGCAUGGAAAACGCCAUUGUGGGAGAUGCGGCCGAUGAACUCAUGGGAGGAUACUCCUUCAUGUGGGGCAAGGAUUCCGAUCCACCCGAGCAAUCGACAGACAAGCGCAAUAAAAUGUGUCGACAGUGGACAUUUGCCACGCAAACACUGGCACAAAUGCACAAUCUGACAUCUCAUGCACCCUACAUGGAUUCCACCCUGGUGGAAUGGGUGUUGGAACGCAUCGACCGAUCCGACUGUAUUGGGACACGGCCCAUACGAUUGGUAUACCAAGGACCCAGUAUGGAUCACGUUACGGGAAAAAUACUCUUGCGAGAAGCCUAUGAUACCGUGGCUUCUUGGAGACGCAAGGAUCCCAUCGAAGUCGGAUCUGGGAUUACCAUUAUUGGUCACAAUGAGUAUUGGAAGGACCUCCUUCCCGAUGACGAGUUUGAAUCGGAACGACUAGAUGUGAAGAACCGAUUGGGUUUUGUCAUCAAAGACAAGGAAGCCUUGAUCAAUUUCCGAAUCUUUCAAAAGCGUUUUGGAGAACAAGGAGAGAACCAUCCAACCAAAAAACGACUAGAACGGAACCAAGGAUGUGUGAAUUGUUCCUUUGAGGUGGGACCAACUGAAAACUUUUGCAGAAUCUGCGGGGCCUAUCCAGCGCAGAGGAGCGGAAAGCUUCACUAG